AUGGGCCCAGAGGCUGAUGCAGCGCCGGCAGAGGCCGCGACGCCGCAGUCGACCCGCGCCGGAUCCGCUCCAGUGCAGAAGCGCGCCGCGCCCGCGACCGGCGAAGGCCAGCGCAGCAAGCGGGCGAAGUACACGCCUGUCGCUUGCAAUGAGUGCAAGAAGCGGAAGCUGAAGUGCAUCAAGGAGGACCAUCAGACCGUAUGCCGGCGGUGCCUCUCCAACGGUGCCGAGUGCGUCUUCAUCCCCGGGCCUCAGCAGACGCCUCUAAAAGAUAAAGACCGGGAUGCUACUCAUGAGAGGGAGGAACAACAUCCCUCCCAGUAUAAGAAUCUCAGCGACGAGGUAGCCGCCCUUCGAGAACAGGUCGCCAGCUUGACAUCCUCUCUUCGCGAGCUCAAUGGCAAAGUUGCUCAUAUCAACACUCGCUCGCCAGCUGCUCUCGGUGGUCCACAGCAUCCUAGCCCUCUCUACGCGACGAAUCUACCACACAUACUCUAUUACGCUCGACACCUGCAGAAUCCACCGGCGGACCCAAAUGUCCCAGAAGAGGAGCGGCCAAAGAUCGAGGAGAAGGAUGUCCAGCUUGCCAAGGUCGCGAUUGCUAUAUCGAUAGUAAUGGAGGCUCAGGGGCAGAAUCCCAUAAGCACGAAGUUGAUUGACUCCGUCGAGCCCGUUGUGUGUCGAGUCUCGGGCGAGGCAUUCAUCGACUUGAAGGAACUGCAGAUUAUGACUAUGUUGAGCCUCUACUGGUUCCACUGUGGUGAGGAGCUUCUAGCAUGGAGGGCUAUCGGCAUUUCCGGCAGAGAAUGCCUCGAGAUUGGCCUCCAUCGACGAGCGAUUCUCCUGGACAAUUUCAAAGAUCCCAGGCAGCGAGAUCUCGCCGUACGAUGCUUCUGGUGCGUCUACGUCUUGGAUCGCCGCUGGAGCUUCGGGACAAGUCUGUCGUUCGGCCUCAUUGACAGGGACAUAGAUCCCGAGUUACCCGAGCCGGGAGAGAAUUACCCCUACUUGAGGUGCAUGGUGUCCUACGGCAGGCUUUGCUCCAAAGUAUGGGAGGCCCUGCCGCCCUUUGAGUCUCCAUCACAAUUCAUUCCCAAGGACACAGUCGCCUUCUUGGACUUCAUGACGCAGAACUGGCUCAACUCCAUCCCGGACGACCUCCGUAUUCGGCAUCCUAGGCUUGGACUCGCACCCCGGACUCAGCCGAGAAGCAUGCACCGCCUUCGAUCAUUACUCUACCUACGCGGAAAUCACAUGCGAACGCUCAUCCACCGGCAUCAUGUCCUUAGCACCGCAAGCAUCAGGGCCGACAUUCAGAGUGCCAAACUAGUCACGGAAAUCGCACUGGAUACCAUACAAGUAUUGACGCAUCUCAACGAUACUAGCGAUAUCUAUGCACGACAGCAGCACGCUUUCAAUUAUUUCCUGAUGAGCGCACUAGCCGUGAUCCUGCUCGCUGUAUGUCACGCACCGGGUGUGUUUACUGAGCCCUGUAAGGAGAGCUUCCUGAAAGCAGUGCAGCUUGUCAAGGGAUUCUCACGACAUGGGCAUGCAAGCCGAAGGCUUUGGAAGACCAUUCGAGGUUUGCUUCCAGGUGUCAAAUCUCUCGGUCUUCGGAGUGACCCUGAGAAGGCAGAUGCGCCACAGGCAGGGGACGAUACGGAGCAGAACGCGGCCGAAUCCCGGCCGGAUGACCCACACCAGAACCCGGGCCCGGGCGAACGAGACGGAAGGAGGCCGGAGAACAGCGCAUGGGAUGCUUGGGACACAAGCCCGCAGGCCAACAGCUCAAUUCCCGACAUGUUCAACAUGGGAAACGAUCUGAUGAAUCUUUUCGACGCUUUUGGUCAUGCGAAUGGCGGUCACCCGGCGCCGCCUGAUUUUCCGGUAGGGUUCUUUGGAGUGAAUGAGCAAGGCAUGUCGCUAGGGGACCCGGAGGAGAUUUCGCGACGUUUUCAGGGUUUGAUUUAA